CGCUCUAUUGCAUUUGAACAAUGCAAACGCUCGUAGGGAAUUCCAACGUCAUCCGUUGGUGUCUCAUUCAACUUUGGACUUUGUGAGGUGUUACUCGCUCUCCCAGUCUUGCUGAGUAGCUGGCGAGGACUUAGCAGCAAAAUGGAGUUGUUCUUUGUAGCCUUGGUACUGCUUGGAGUCUACCUGUACGUCCAAAACCUCCGGUUGACGAGGAAAUACCCACCAGGGCCUCGUGCCUGGCCGAUCGUCGGGAACCUGCGCGAUCUCGCCCGGGGACAACAUCGAGUGUUCGCUGAAUGGCGAGUGAAAUAUGGCGACGUCUUCACUGUCUGGCUCGGAUGUCGCCCAGCAGUCGUGCUGAGCGGACAGGACGCUGUAAAAGAAGCUUUGCUGAAACAUGGCGAUGUCUUUUCGUCUCGUCCGGACUUGUUCGUGUGGAGACGGACAAUACGAACAAGAGGAAAGGGUGUUGCCACGGCCCCUUACGGUCCGGAGUGGAAGGAGACCCGAAAGGUGGCGCUGACUUGGCUCAACACCUUCGGGGCCGGGAAGCCGAGUCUGGAGCCGACCAUCGUGCAGGAGGCACAGGAUCUGGUUCAGGUUUUCAAGGAUAAAUGCGGUCAACCGUUCGACCCCACGGUGUCUCUAGGUCUGUCGGUUUCCAACGUGAUCUGUUCCGUGGUGUUCGGCCGGAGAUUUGACCAUGACGACGAGCGUUUCUCGCGCCUGAUGGGGCUCCUCAAUCGGUACUUCCAAUCAAAUGCGUCCUCUCAGGCACUGAACGUCUACCCCAUAUUGCGGCACGUCCCGUCUUUCCGCCGGAAGCUGGAGGAGGUGGUGACGUGCAGCGAGGAGAUCCGCAGCUUCGUCAUCGAAGUCAUCCAGGAGCACAGGGAGACCUUUGACCCGAACAACAUUAGGGACGUCAUCGAUGGUUUUCUGCUGGAGGAGCACCGAGGGAACAGAAUAUUAUCUGAUCUACCACAGGACAACAUCAUCAACGUCAUCAGGAACCUGUUCGUGGCGGGAACCGACACCACCGCCACCACGCUCCGCUGGGCCCUGCUGUACCUGGUCAUGAACCCGGAUGUGCAGCGCAAGGCUCAGGAGGAGAUCGAUGAGUCGCUAGGAAAACAGACUCCAUCUAUACUGCUGCGAGAACACCUUCCCUACACGGAGGCGACCAUACGCGAGGCCCAACGAAUCCGGAGCAUCGCUCCUUCGUCUGUUCCUCAUGAGACCACAGCUCCUGCUACAGUCCUGGGCCAUCAGAUCCCCACCGGGACCUUCAUCUUGCCCAACUUAUGGUCUCUCCACAUGGACCCGAAGUACUGGCCUGAUCCGGAGCGGUUCGACCCCACCCGAUUCCUGGACAGUGACGGUCAGCUGAGACAGGGGACAGAGUCAUUUCUGCCGUUCAGCACAGGUCCCCGGAGGUGCCUCGGAGAACAACUGGCCAAGUUCGAGUUGUUCCUCUUCUUCACCUCUCUGAUGCAGCAGUUCACCUUCAAGCUGCCAGAGGGCGUCCCUACUCCAGACACGGAGGGGAUUUUCGGGCUUGUGUUUUCUCCAAAGCCGUUCGAAAUCUGUGCAUUUCCGCGAUUUUAGUCAGGAUCUUAACGCAUUACUUUGUUUUUAAAACACCGCGUUCUUCUUAAAUAUGGUGGUACGUAUGUGGUAAUCAUAAUUAUGCAAAGUACAGUUGGAUUUGAAAUUCCCAAGUGUAUUCAUACUUUUUUGACGAAAUAUCUAAACGAUUACACACAGCAAAUAUUGGCUAAUUAGGGAAACUUCGUUACAUGACAAGUGAUAUUGAUUAUUGAGGAUGUAUUCAUAUAUUCUUUGUUUGUACAAGGGAUAAUUUCUAUAUUUCCAACCCUAUUUUUGUUGGCUUAGGCAUGAAAUGAGCAACUUGUUUCGAAAGCCUUUAUUGUUUAAGGAUCCACUUAUUCCAAUAUAUGCAGCAUUGUUAAAUCAAGCAUAAUUGUGAUAUGUGGUAACCUACUAAGUAACUUCGCUUAAUACAUCUUAUUCAUCACUGCGUGACGACCUCCUCGCUUUAUCUGUAUCCUUGAGUAUUGUCCUAAUAUAGAUACCUGCCACAAAGCACCUUGACGUAAGGUCGAGGAAUGUUUGUACAUCUAGGUCGCAGAUAUUUUGGCAAAAUGGUGUUGAGAACGGCAAAAAAUAAUAAAAUAAUAAAAAGUGUCAAAUAGAG